UAAUCGUCGUGUGGUUGGAACGGAAUCGUAGCGCGGUAAACGACCGCGUGUGUUGGUAACGAUAAAACGGCAGCGCCGUCGUGCUCGUUUGGCCGUUAGGUUUGUGGUAGUGCGAAAGGUGUACGUAGUGUUGGCCGCGGUGAUGGUGGUGGUUCCUAUAAGUACAGGGGAUUGAGUGCACGUCAAGUAGAUUUCCUGUCCCACGAAACAGUUUGUCGCGAACUGUUCACGUCGCGAAGGAUGCGUUGUAGAUCUUGAAGUGUCCAAGGACUCGGAGACCGGUACGAUGUUGAAAGGUUAUUCGCGGAUCACUCAGGCGUUGCUGGGAACCUUAUUUACGUGGGCUCUCACCGCAGCGGGUGCCGCGCUCGUAAUCGUGAUUCGGGGGAAACAGCGCAAGCUGUUGGACAUCAGCCUAGGAUUUGCGGCGGGCGUGAUGAUAGCGGCUAGUUACUGGUCGUUAUUGGCACCUGCUAUCGAAAUGGCGUCAAAGAGCAAAAUUUACGGACAGGACGGCGAAUAUGCGUUCGUACCGGUCGGAGUUGGAUUUCUCGUAGGGGCGGCAUUCGUAUACGGGACGGACUUGUUGAUAUCACUCUUCGGCAUUCAGUCCCCUAAUGUGCUUUUAGCUAUGCAGUCAGUCGGUACGAAACAAAGACGCAAGAUCCUUGCAAAACUAAAGAGUGACGAGGAUUUAAACGAUUAUGAUCCGUAUAGCAACGUACAGAUUUCCAAAGGAAAAGUAUAUACUCGAAUUGAGUCGACCACCAUCGAUGGUUUCAACGAGCAAAAUACACGAAGACGGCAAAUCGCGUUGAUCAGCCCGCCGACCGAACAGGGCGAGCCCGAGAUGAUUUACGAGGACCUUACGCACGAGCAGAAAAACAGUCAGUGGAGGAGGAUAUUGUUGUUGGUCGUUGCGAUUACCGUGCACAAUAUACCAGAAGGCCUCGCAGUUGGAGUCGGGUUCGCCGCGGUAGGAAGCAGCGAAUCAGCAACUUUUGAAAAUGCGAGAAACCUCGCGAUCGGCAUCGGCAUCCAGAAUUUCCCGGAGGGCCUCGCGGUCUCCCUGCCGCUCCAGGCCGCCGGGAUCAGCACCUUGAAGAGCUUCUGGUACGGCCAACUGUCCGGCAUGGUGGAGCCUAUCGCCGGCGUCCUUGGCGCGGUCGGAGUCUCGCUCGCCGAACCCGCGCUGCCUUAUGCACUUGCCUUCGCGGCCGGUGCAAUGAUCUACGUGGUGAUCGACGACAUUGUCCCGGAAGCGCAUUCGAGUGGGAAUGGCAAACUGGCCAGCUGGGCAGCGAUCGUCGGUUUCUUGGUAAUGAUGUCCCUAGACGUGGGACUAGGCUAGGAACCUAGGCGGGGAAGGUGUGUCGAUUCCUCGCAACGCGUCAAUCAGAGAAAAAUUCCUAAACGAAAGUGUCGUUCGCCGCGCGGUGCGUCGCGCGUGCUCCCGCGUUUUCCGAUCUCUCGAUUCCAGGUGGUCCGACCGGCCCGUGUCGCGUGUGCGCGCCCAGCGAGAAACGUGUUCGCUGGAUACGCGCGUUCCCGCGUCAUCGAACUAUCGAAAAAUUGUGUCUUCCAUGAAUCUAGACUUCGUCGAUCCGACGCAGAAUGGACAGAGAGAGAGAGAAAGAGAGUAAGAAAGAGUCAAUUAGAUCAACGAGACGGCAACCUUCGGCAACGCUUUAGACGUUUCUGCGUCGCAUUCGUUGCAGCACGCGCCGGCGAAUGCAGCGGGGAGGGCCCGGUCGGACAUUGGAAUCGGUUCUCUCUCAGGGAACAAUUGCGCGCACACCGCGCGCGGUUUUCCGUGCGAAAAUUCGCGGAGGUCGAUGCACGUCGUCCCUCGUGCCGCCGCACAGACACUAACCGCGCUGCACGCGCGCGCGCAUCGUCGAUAGCCGUAGAGUAUUGCAAUUCCCGCGGCAGCGUCGAGAUAAUCGCGUGGUAAUUGCGCUCUCGAAGUUUUCCCCCGUCGUCGAUUCAUCGGAAUCGGUAAUCGAUCGUUCCCCGAACUCCGAACGGCGAUGAAACAAACAAGAAGAACCGCGAAUGCGACCCAACGCGCGCGCGGCACGUCGUCGCCGCUGAACACGAAAGAAACAGCGAAAUCGCGCACGCUCGCUGCGAAAAUUCAUUCGCCGCGGAUCGCGCGCCAGCGGCAGUUUAGCCGCUGGGAAUAGCGGCGCUCGUUGAGCUCGUAGAGUUCAAUUGUUUGCAUUUUAACGGCUGCCCGUCGCGACGAUUUUCCCCGGGGAGGAUCGUCGGCCGCCGAUCCCUCGUACUUUUCCGACUCGAAUCUUCCUCGGAAUCGGCGAGAAAGAGUCGCCGGAGCGACGUCACGAAGUCGCGGCGGCGUCGCGCGCGCGCGCGCGCCCCGAGCGUGUCGGUUAAAUGCACGCAAAUUUAUCAUGUUACACGCACCUUUCGAAUCGGCCUGUGAUUCGAGAGAUUCACGCGACGGACGUUGUCGUGUCCUCGAGUCGCGCGAACGCGCGCAUUCGAGGAGUCGCGGCAUCUCCUCCGCAACCUGCACGCUCGUUUCCGCGCGGAACUGACCUCUUCUCGCCGCGAUCGGGUCGCAUCGGGUUCUCGCUCACUUAUGCUUUUACUUACCGAUUCUCUUACUUACCAAUGAUUUUAAAUACUUACGGUUCGACUGUCGCCCAGCAUUACGGAGCCGCCGUCGUUGUAGUGAUUGCACGAGGCGAAACGCUUAUCGAUCGCCCGUUUCGUUGCAUUCUCGACGCUGGACACUUAACGUGUAACAUAUAUACAUAUAUAUAUAUAUAUAUACAUAGACUGUAUUUUCGUAUUUUCGUAAUUUCUACGCGAAAGGAGUCGCGCGCGUCACGCCGCGCGAGAACGAUGGACGCCGGUGUCGAGGAAGCAGCAGCUUUUCGAAGGAUCGAAGAUCACGAGAACCCGGGUAAGAACGUUCCUAAUAAUGCCGCGAACGAUCCUUUAUCGGGCCGCUGCUUCAACGAUCACCGUUUCAAUCUCGUUGCUGUUCGGGAACUAAGGAAAUUCUCCCUUUGGUUUAUAUUAAACCAGCGCAUGUGGAAUGCCUGACGUUAACUAAGAUCGUUUCACACAUUGCGAAACCUUUCUCUGCUAGGAACAGUUUUACCAUUUUGUUUGUACGAAGCGCAAUAAAAUGAGAAAAAUCACGUUA